AUGGCGGUGAAAGCCAACAGCAUUACAGACAUAGAGCUAAAGCGACUGAAAGAUGCUUUCAAGAGAACAUGCGGACUCUCAUAUUAUAUGACUCAACAGUGCUUCAUCAGGGAAGUUCUUGGCGAUGGAGUCCCUCCAAAAGUUGCUGAGGUUAUCUACUGUUCAUUUGGAGGAAUAUCCAAAGGGCUGCACUUCAAUAACUUGAUUGUCGGAUUAGUUCUACUUACCAGAGGCAGAGAGGAAGAAAAAGCAAAAUACAUUUUCAGUCUCUUUUCUAAUGAAUCUGGGAGUUAUGUUGUCCGUGAAGAGAUGGAGAAGAUGCUGCAUGUGGUUGAUGGGAAAGUCCCAGAGUCACUCAAGAAAUGUUUCUCUGAGGGUGAAAAGGUAAACUAUGAGAAGUUCAGGGUUUGGUUAUUGCACAACAAAGAUGCUUUCACGUUUUCCCGUUGGCUGCUGUCUGGAGGUGUGUAUGUGACACUCACUGAUGAUAGCGAUACCCCUACCUUCUAUCAAACCCUGGCUGGAGUCACACACUUGGAAGAAUCCGACAUCAUCGAUCUCGAAAAACGAUACUGGCUGCUGAAAGCUCAAUCAAGAACUGGACGUUUUGAUUUAGAAACAUUUGCCCCCUUAGUUUCCCCUCCUAUUCAUCCCUCUCUGAGUGAAGGUUUGUUUAAUGCUUUUGAUGAAAACCGAGACAAUCACAUAGAUUUUAAAGAAAUUUCCUGUGGGCUCUCAGCAUGUUGCAGAGGACCCUUGGCAGAAAGACAGAAGUUUUGCUUCAAGGUUUUUGACAUUGACCGGGAUGGUGUGUUGUCUCGCACUGAGCUGAAAGAAAUGGUGGUUGCACUUUUAGAGGUCUGGAAAGAUAACCGUACUGAUAAAAUACCUGAAUUGGGCAUGGAUUUGUCUGAAAUUGUAGAAGAUAUUUUGAAUAUGCAUGAUACCACAAAGCUUGGACACCUCACUCUGGAGGACUACCAGAUAUGGAGCGUGAAGAGUGCACUUGCCAAUGAAUUUUUAAAUCUACUUUUUCAGGUGUGUCAUAUAGUUUUGGGGCUACGACCUGCCACUCCAGAAGAGGAAGGACAGAUUAUUAGGGGCUGGUUAGAAAGGGAAAGUAGGUAUGGCCUUCAGCCAGGGCACAACUGGUUUCUUAUUGCAAUGCCGUGGUGGCAGCAGUGGAAAGAAUAUGUCAAAUACGAUGCAAACCCUGUUGUGAUAGAGCCUUCAUCUGUCUUGAGUGGAGGUAAGAAUUCACUCGUAGCUGCUGCAGCCAAUACUUCAGAACAGGGAGAAGACAAAAUGGGAGGUCUUAAUUACUUCAGUGCAACAGAAGAAAAGUUUUCAGAUAAUAUUUCUACUGCAUCAGAAGCCUCAGAGACUACUAGCAGCAAUACUCUUCACCCUGGCACACCAGGGACUGAUGUGUGUUUUGCUAGGCAGCAUAAUUCUUCGGACAAUAAUAACCAGUGUUUCCUUGGAACCAAUGGGAAUACUUUGCUACAACUUAAUCCUCAGAAACCAGGAGCUAUUGAUAACCAACCCCUAGUAACACAAGAACCAGUGAAGGCUGCAUCGUUAACAAUGGAGGGUGGAAGAUUAAAGCGAUCUCCACAGCUGAUUGAAGGAAAAGACUACAUAAUGGUACCAGAACCAGUUUGGAGAGCACUUUACCAUUGGUAUGGAGCAAACCUCUCCUUGCCCAGGCCGGUGAUCAAAAACAGCAAAACAAACGUGCCUGAACUGGAGUUAUUCCCUCGCUAUCUGCUCUUCCUGAGACAGCAGCCCGCCACUCGAACGCAGCAGUCGAACAUCUGGGUGAAUAUGGGGAAUGUACCUUCACCAAAUGCUCCUUUAAAAAGAGUGUUGGCUUACACCGGCUGCUUUAGUCGAAUGCAGACGAUUAAAGAGAUACAUGAAUAUCUCUCCCAGAGGCUUCGUAUAAAAGAAGAAGAUAUGCGCCUCUGGUUAUACAAUAGUGAGAACUAUCUUACUUUGCUGGAUGAUGAAGAUCACAGGCUGGAGUAUCUUAAAAUCCAGGAUGAGCAGCAUUUAGUAAUAGAAGUUCGAAACAAAGACAUGAGCUGGCCAGAAGAGAUGUCUUUUAUAGCAAACAGCAGUAAAAUAGACAGACAUAAAGUUCCUACUGAAAAAGGUGCUACUGGACUAAGCAAUCUGGGUAACACGUGCUUCAUGAACUCCAGUAUCCAGUGUGUCAGUAAUACACAACCUCUGACGCGGUAUUUCAUCUCAGGAAGACAUCUCUAUGAACUUAACAGGACAAAUCCAAUAGGAAUGAAAGGACACAUGGCCAAGUGCUAUGGGGAUUUGGUUCAGGAGUUGUGGAGUGGAACUCAGAAGAAUAUAGCACCGUUAAAGCUGCGGUGGACAAUAGCAAAAUAUGCUCCAAGAUUUAAUGGCUUUCAACAGCAAGACUCACAGGAGCUUCUGGCUUUUCUUUUGGAUGGUCUUCAUGAGGAUUUGAACAGAGUUCAUGAUAAGCCAUAUGUUGAACUUAAAGACAGUGAUGGUCGACCAGACUGGGAAGUAGCAGCAGAGGCCUGGGAAAACCAUCUGAGAAGAAACAGAUCCAUUGUUGUAGAUUUAUUUCACGGGCAGCUGAAGUCACAAGUAAAAUGUAAAACUUGUGGACAUAUAAGUGUUAGGUUUGACCCUUUUAAUUUUUUGUCCUUGCCUUUGCCAAUGGAUAGCUACAUGCACCUAGAAAUUACAGUAAUUAAAUUAGACGGUACUACUCCUGUUCGAUACGGCCUGAGGUUGAACAUGGAUGAAAAGUAUACAGGCUUGAAAAAACAGUUAAGUGAGCUCUGCGGGCUAAAACCAGAACAGAUUCUACUUGCAGAAGUGCAUAGCUCCAAUAUAAAGAACUUUCCUCAAGACAACCAGAAAGUCCGGUUAUCAGUGAGUGGGUUUUUGUGUGCGUUCGAAAUACCAAUUCCGGGAUCCCCUACAUCAGCAUCAAGUCCUGUGCAGACAGAUGUCUCAACUGGGCUGUCAGCUAAUGGAGCACCCAACAUAAUGAUGAAUGGGGACCUUCCUAAACCAACCCUCAUUCCAAAUGGAAUGCCAAAUACUGUAGUGCCAUGUGGGACAGAGCGUAACCUUGCCAACUGGACUCUCAACGGUCACGUGCCCUCGCUCUCCGAUAGUCCAUGCACGGGGUAUAUAAUUGCAGUCCACAGAAAAAUGAUGCGGACAGAAUUAUAUUUUCUUUCAUCUCAGAAGAAUCGUCCUAGUCUCUUUGGAAUGCCACUAAUUGUCCCUUGUACAGUUCAUACACGGAAAAAAGACCUGUAUGAUGCUGUGUGGAUUCAGGUUUCCAGGCUUGCUAGUCCUCUCCCGCCGCAGGAAGCCAGUAAUCAUGCACAGGACUGUGAUGACAGCAUGGGCUAUCAGUAUCCGUUCACCCUGAGGGUAGUUCAGAAGGAUGGAAAUUCUUGUGCUUGGUGUCCAUGGUACAGAUUUUGCCGUGGCUGUAAAAUCGAGUGCACAGAAGAUAGAGCUUGUGUUGGGAAUGCUUACAUUGCUGUAGACUGGGAUCCAACAGCACUCCAUCUGCGCUACCAGACGUCGCAAGAACGGAUUGUAGAAGAACAUGAAAGUGUUGAACAAAGCCGGCGAGCUCAAGCAGAGCCCAUCAAUCUGGAUAGUUGUCUUAGAGCUUUCACCAGUGAGGAAGAACUGGGGGAGGAUGAGAUGUACUACUGUUCCAAAUGCAAGACCCACUGUUUGGCCACCAAAAAACUGGAUCUUUGGAGACUUCCCCCUAUUUUGAUCAUUCACCUGAAAAGAUUUCAGUUUGUAAAUGGCCGUUGGAUAAAAUCACAGAAAAUUGUUAAAUUUCCUAGAGAAAAUUUUGACCCAAGUGCCUUUUUGGUACAAAGGGAUCCCAGUCAUUUUCAAAGAAAGCAGCUCACGCUCCAGGCUGACAGCCUUCCUGAACCCCGGACUCUCCAAGGGGAGUCCAGAAAAAUAGAUCUGCAGAUCACUUACACUGCGGGAGAGGGCGAUAUACUGAACAGAAGUCCAUCCUCCCUUAACACUACUGUCUUGAAUAAUAUCAAAGCAUCUCCGUCUUUAGGGAGGAAAAGUGGAACCAGCUGUCCUUCAAGUAAAAACAGUAGCCCAAACAGUAGCCCAAGGACUUUAGGAAGAGGUAAAGGGCGUCUGCGGCUACCACAACUGGGUAAAAACAAACUGUCAAGUAGCAAAGAAAAUUUGGAUGCAAGUAAAGAGAACGGUACUGACCAGGAACAGAGACUUACUUCUGAUCAAGGUGAUGCUCUUACUAGAGGGCAGAUGUUGGGUGGUAGCCAGAGUGAACUAUAUACUGCUCAGGACAGUGAGAUGACUCUAGCCAACGGAUACAUCUGUGAGCAGAAUGCAUAUAGUAAUGGCAGUAUCAACGGUCAAAUGGAUAACCACAGUGAGGACGAUAUUACAGAUGACCAAAGAGAAGACGUGUGUGUUAACCCUAUUUACAAUCUAUAUGCAAUUUCGUGCCAUUCAGGAAUUAUGGGAGGGGGUCAUUAUGUCACUUAUGCCAAAAACCCGAACAACAAGUGGUACUGCUACAACGACAGUAGCUGUAAGGAAUUGCAUCCCGAUGAAAUCGACACCGACUCUGCCUACAUUCUUUUCUAUGAGCAGCAGGGGGUAGACUAUGCACAAUUUCUGCCAAAGAUAGACGGCAAAAAGAUGGCAGACACAAGCAGCAUGGAUGAAGAUUUUGAGUCGGAUUAUAAGAAGUACUGUGUGUUACAGUAAGCAGAUGAUCUUCCAUGGACUGUUCUGAGUGUGAGGGAUAACAUCCUGAGACUUGCGUUUGGCGAAAAUGUUGCUGAAACAGAUAACCUAAGUGUAGUUUUUGUCCCCUGUGAUCUGAAAGCACAAAAAGAAAACCCUAAUUAAAUAGCAGUUAAUAUAAAGAUAGUAUUGUUUUGUUCUGUUAUCUCACUACAUGCUCUAAACAUUUCUGAUGUUAGACAUCAGGCUGAGACUGCCAUUGGCCUUUAAAUAAAAUGGUUUGAGAAAAGCCGACUAGGACCAAAUAAGAGCUAAAUUAAAUAGUCCAAGUAAGAGCUAAACAAAGUAGUGUAGAGUUUACCAACUGUUCUAACAAACCCCUGAGGCUCUCUUUAGGUUUAAGAUAAUGGGGAAAAAAAACGUAGUGUUGUCUUUGGACAACAUGAUAUUGCUACCUCCUUUUUCCUGCAGUUUUAUUGCAUUUUAUUGGCAAAACAGGGAAAGCAAGAGAAUGAAAAGUGCACAAACGUAAAGAAUUAUCAUCAAGAGUAAGAGAAGUUUCCAGUUUUGCCACCACUAACGUGUGUCAGUUGCUUUCUUUCUGUAUGUUGGGAGCACAACCAAAUCAUAAUUUGAGAAGAGAUUAAUUUCUACACUUGAAUGGUUUAUU